AUGAACACGCGUCAGAGCUACGCGCCCACGCCUCAUAGCUACGUCCCCAACACGAGCCUGGCUGCCACCAUCAACCUCGAUGAAGAGGUGAAGCUCACCGACACCCGCGCUGAGCGCGAUCUCCAAGACUCUCUCGGCGAACUGUUCAGCAUUAUCGUCACGCUCGAUGAGCUGGAGAAGGCGUUCCUGAAGGAUGCUAUCCCGGAGGCUGAAUACACGGACAUCUGCGAGCGCUCAUUGAGGCAGUACAAGGCGCUUCUAGCAGAUGAGACAAUUGCAAACGAAUUCAAAGACCUCGAAGAAUUCAAAGCAAAAUGGGAUCUCGACGUCCCCCGCGCAACUGAACGUCUCCGAGUCGGCAUGCCCUCCACCACCGUCACCGCAUCCUCCGCCGCUCCAGCUCCCGCUCCCGCCGCCGCCGCAAACAACACCAGCGGCGUGCUCAUCCUGGAAGCCACGCAGGAGUUCAUCACCUUCCUCGACGCCGUCAAGCUGGGCCUGCUGUCCAAGGACCAGCUGCACCCGCUGCUCUCGGACGUGAUCCAGUCGGUGAACCGCGUGACGGACAAGGACUUUGACAACCGGGGCAAGAUUGUGCAGUGGCUCAUCACGCUGAACCAGAUGAAGGCGUCGGAUGAGCUGAGCGAGCAGCAGGCGAGGGAGCUAGAUUUGGAUAUCCAGCAGGCGUAUCAGGGCUUUAGACGUACAUUGACAUGA